AUGGCAGACUCGGAAUUGAAACCUACCUUGCACCAUUUGAAUAACUCGCAAUCGCAACGUAUCCUGUGGCUCCUCGAGGAACUCGACAUACCCUACAACCUCUCUCUUCAUAAACGCGGCGAGUCAGGUCCGAACAAAGCAAGGGCGCCGCCAGAACUGAAAGAAACACAUCCGUUGGGCAAGGCGCCGCAGUUGGAAACAGCCGAUGGUAGAGUGGUUGUGGAAUCGCUGGUGAUUGCAAGAUAUCUCAUCGAGACAUACGACAAGUCUGGCAAGUUCCGAGGAGAUAGCGCAGCCAACGACUGGAUCCGCGACGACGAGCUAUGCAAUCUCGCCUCUGCCACAAUCAGUGCUCCAAUGACCCUGGAGCUCGUGUUCAACCUGCUUGUUCAAUCCUCUCCGUUCUUCAUCCGCCCUUUGGUUUCAGUCAUUCACAAGCAAGUCUACAAGGCUUUCACGGGACCCGAGCUGGAUCUGUAUUUUCAAUAUUUGAAUGACCAGUUGGGGGAUCAGGACUAUUUCAUGGGCACCUCACCAGGGCGCGCCGAUUUCAUCAUCUCAUGGCCGGUGGAUAUGUGCGUACAGAACCAGUUCGUAGACCUCGAGAAAUAUCCCAAGCUGGCUGUCUGGUCUCGCAGGUGUCAGGACCGCCCGGCGUGGAAGAGGAGCAUGGAGAAGGGGAAUGGCUAUUCACUCCAGUUCAAGCUGUAG